UUUAUCAUUGCACCUCAUUUUGGUAUUUUGGGGUGUACGUUUAAGGGUUCAAACUAUAUAUAUGGUGUGCAAGAUCAAAAAAACACUAAAGUUCAAAACCUUGAACCAUGCCAUUAUUAUUGUUAUUAUUAUUCUGCUUGAAAAUGAUGUCAAACAAAGACUUAACUUCAACUCUUGUUUUUCUUUUCUUCUCCGUGGUGCUCUCUACUCCUCCAGAGGAUCCAAUCAAGUGCUCUAAUUCAAAGAACACAAGUUGCACCAUCACCAACUCCUAUGGCAUGUUCCCUGAUAGAAGCAUCUGCAAGGCCUCUCAAGUGUUGUACCCAACCUCUGAGCAAGAGCUUGUGUCAGUGGUUGCAUCAGCAACAAGAAACAAAACCAAGAUGAAAGUAGCUACCCGUUAUUCCCAUAGUAUCCCUAAAUUGGUGUGCCCAGAAGGAGAAAAUGGGUUGCUAAUAAGCACCAAAUAUCUCAACAAAAUAGCGAAGGUUGAUGUGGAAGCAAGGACAAUGACUGUGGAGAGUGGUGUGACAAUGAAGCAGCUUAUAAAUGAGGCUGCAAAGGUAGGGUUGGCCUUGCCAUAUGCACCAUAUUGGUGGGGUUUGACCAUUGGAGGGCUUAUGGGAACUGGUGCUCAUGGAAGCACUUUGUGGGGGAAGGGUAGUUCUGUCCAUGAUUAUGUGGUGGAGCUUAGGAUUGUUAGGGCUGCUGGUCCUGAAGAGGGUUAUGCUAAGGCUGAGAGCCUCAAUGAACAACAUGAAGAUCUCAAUGCUGCCAAAGUGUCACUUGGUGUGCUUGGAGUUAUUUCACAGGUUACUCUAAAACUAGAACCCCUCUUCAAGCGAUCCAUCACAUAUGUGGCAAAAAAUGAUUCAGAUUUGGGAGACCAAGUGGCUGCUUUCGGACAUGCACAUGAGUUUGCAGAUAUAACGUGGUACCCUAGUCAACGCAAGGCUGUUUACCGUGUUGACGAUCGUGUCCCAUUUAAUACUUCUGGCAAUGGUCUUUAUGACUUUAUCCCUUUCCGUCCCACUCCUUCUCUUGAAUUGGCUAUCUUAAGAACCACAGAGGAUCUUCAAGAAUCCACUGGUGAUGCCGAUGGAAAGUGCAUAGGUUCUAAGACCACAACGAAUACCCUCAUCACUGCAGCUUAUGGACUUACUAACAAUGGUAUAAUCUUCACUGUAUAUCCUGUAAUUGGAUUUCAGAAUCGUCUUCAAGCAUCUGGGUCAUGCUUAGAUAGUCUUCAAGAUGCAAAGAUCACAGCAUGUGCCUGGGAUUCUAGGGUGAAGGGAGAGUUCUUUCACCAAACCACAUUUAGCAUCAGUUUGUCUGUUGCAAAAAAAUUUAUUGAAGAUGUGCAAAAGCUAGUUCAAUUGGAGCCGAAGGGAUUUUGUGGCAUAGAGCUUUACAAUGGAAUUCUCAUGCGUUAUGUCAAGGCUUCGAGUGCCUAUUUGGGGAAGCAAGAGGAUGCUUUAGACAUUGAUAUCACUUACUACCGUAGCAAGGAUCCAAUGACUCCUAGGCUUUAUGAAGACAUUCUUGAAGAGGUUGAACAACUUGGGAUUUUCAAAUAUGGAGGGCUACCUCAUUGGGGUAAGAAUAGGAACUUGGCAUUUGAAGGAGCCAUCAAGAAGUACAAAAAUGCAGGGAGAUUUUUAAGGGUUAAAGAGAAGUAUGAUUUACAAGGGCUUUUCUCAAGUACAUGGACAGACCAAAUGCUUGGGCUAAAGGAUGGAGUGACAAUAUUGAAGGAUGGGUGUGCAUUAGAAGGUUUAUGCAUUUGCUCACAGGAUAGUCAUUGCAAUCCAAGCAAAGAUUACUAUUGUAAACCAGGCAAAGUUUACAAGGAAGCAAGGGUUUGUACUCAUUUGAAAUCCAAAUGAGACCAAAUUUUACAGAAAUUAAAGGACAUUUUUACUACUAUGUAUAUGAUAUAAGUGACAAUAUAUAAAGAUAUAGUUUACAUCUUACGAAUAGUUAAUAAAAGAUUGUGCUGAUUACAAAGUUGAAAGGCUAAUAUAUUAUGUGAAAGGCCA